CUGCGUUUCUCAGUCAACAACAAAAAAUGUCGACCAACCACCAGCCAGCGCUCACUCACAUCUCGCCUGACCCAGUGCUCAAAAUCCUCGAGAAGCCCACCUUCGGACUGACGCUCGUCGCAUUGUACCCAUGUCCGUCCGAGCUGCGCAGUGCAUACGAGUCGUUCGCGGCCAAAUUGCAGGCGGAGCUGCCAGCCGAGCGCGACGGCGCCGUCGUUUACAACGCAAGCAACCUGCACUGCACGAUCGCAAGCGUGGCAGUCUUCAUGGACAAUCCAUGGACGCACCAGAGUGCUGCAGACCGCCAGCGCGUGGUGGACAAGUGGAUUGGCACAAUCACUCGAGCGGUCGAGCGAGCGCGCGCAGCCGUGCGCCAGAGCGGGCAGGCAUUCGGUCCCAUCCAGCUCACCAUAGACCGACCCCGCUUGUCGCCUGCAGCAGGGUUUUUCUGGGAGUCCGAGACCGGAGGGACGAGCACGAUCAGUGCGAUUCGCCGCGAGCUGGCAGACAUUAUUCGGAGCGAAGGCGUUUGCAUUGCGCCGCCUGCAGGAGGUCUGCCAAGCAUCCCGCAAGAUCCCUCCGUGCUCGAAGCGAUGCGUGCCGGGCGGCGUGGCGGCGGUCACCCACUGCAAGGCCCGCCGCUGCCCGCCGAUGCGGCGCUUGUCGAUCUCACCGCGGACGGCCAGACGGCCAUUCCGAACAUCAUCCACAGCACGUUCAUGCGCUUCCGAAAGGCGCCCGAGCGCACUCCCGGCGAGAUCCAGGCCGACUUUGAGCGACUGGCCGACCAAUGGACCCCGCUGACCAUUCCAAUCUCCCAGAUUACGCUUGUUCUCGAAGAUCGGCCGUACAUGCAUAUUCAGCACGAUAGCUCUCACAUCAUGGCUACCUGGGAUUUAUGAGCUUCAGAGUGGUCGAGUCUGGUAUCUGGGGUGUGCUUUUGUUUUGCGUUGCAGACCUUUUGUUUCCCUGAACCUUGCCAUCACCAGCUAGGCGUUCGUCAGACGAGCAUAGCUACGCAGUGUGCGCUUUACUUCCCCCCCCCCCACUUUGUGCUGCAACAGUAAUGUCCCCUCCAAAUUCAAUCCGACUUUCACUCCCU